CUCCUCAUGUUCAGUACACCCCAAGCCAUCACUGCGGUCGGUAGGUUUCACUUAUACAUCCCCCGAUCGACAAAUGCACGCGCAUACAUACGUACACGCGCCAUUCGUGUAUUUGUUUAUACAUUCGUAUGAUCGCACAUCCGUUUAAUCGCACAUCGAUCAAUGCGAUGAUUUACGUUGUUCGUCGAUUAGAACGGUGGCCGGUAACCGGAUGAAAACAUGAAAUUCUCCCAUCGACACGCAACAUUUUCAACAUUUUGAAUUUUUACGCGACCAUAUAUAAUAGAGAUAUUGAAUUUUUCACGUACGAUUGGUGAAUCGGGAAUAUUUGUAUAUACCGAUGCGAAAAUGCACAAGGAAAUUUGGUUGGACUAAAAAAGGCUAGCAUAUAGUGUUGUCGCGUCGUCGGUGGUUGUGAAAGUGACCGUGAAGAUUGUUACAACGAGGCAGUCUCGACGGAACCAGUUACACAGGAUGAGGUGUAUGCUCGAAAUCGCGGCCCUUUACUUCCUGUUGCUGUCGAUCGCAUCCACCUACGUGGUCUCCGUGGCCGGUUACAAGCACUCAAGGCGACACCGAGACUUCACUGUGGCAGAGAGUUACGAUGCGUCAUCAUCCAACAGUGACAGCCUCUCGAUGACGAUACCACCGUCGAUCGAUCGAUCCUCGAUUCCCGAAGAAUCGUAUCUCGCUGAAAGCUCCCAUUCGAUCGAUCCCUGCGCUUCAAAAUAUUGCGGGAUCGGCAAAGAAUGCGAACUUUCACCGAACAACACAAUCGCGGUGUGCGUAUGCAUGCGAAAGUGCCCACGGAGGCAUCGACCUGUUUGCGCGAGCAAUGGCAAGAUCUAUGCAAAUCAUUGCGAGCUUCACAGAGCCGCCUGCCAUUCCAGUUCGUCGUUGACCAAAAGCAGACUCAUGCGAUGCCUACAUCACGAUAUCGAGAAUGCUCACAUUCGAAGAACCUUACACAUGAACAGAACAUCCCUCAAAACGAACAAGAUUGUAUCUUAUCCAAAAUCUAGGAGCCGAAAGAAGGGUGGUUUGAAAGAUAACUUGAUACCAGACAAGAACGACUCCGACUCGAAGGAAUGUUCGAAUCAAGAAUACGAAAUUAUGAAGGAUAAUUUAUUGCUUUACAAUCACGCGAGAUUAAUGUCGCAAGACAAUCAUAGCAAAGAGUAUCUCGUCAGUAUAAUGUUUUCUCAUUACGAUCGAAACAAUAAUGGCAAUUUAGAACGCGAAGAGUUGGAACAGUUCGCGGAGAACGAAGAUUUAGAAGAGUUGUGCAGAGGCUGCAAUCUCGGACAUAUGAUUAGUUAUGAUGAUACGGAUGGCGAUGGAAAAUUGAACGUGAAUGAAUUUUACAUGGCGUUCAGCAAACUCUACACGCAAUCGUUCAUAGGUGUCUCGGUGGUGUCUCUAGACAAGUCUCUCGAAGUGAAUCAUAUUUCUGCAAGAGUGGGUGAUAACGUGGAGAUCAAAUGCGAUGUUACGGGUACACCACCACCACCUUUAGUAUGGCAACGAAAUGGAGCUGAUUUAGAAACACUGAACGAGCCUGAGAUCCGUGUAUUCAACGAUGGCAGUCUCUAUUUGACAAAAGUACAACUGAUACAUGCUGGAAAUUAUACUUGUCACGCAGUUAGAAAUCAGGAUGUCGUUCAAACACACGUGUUGACUAUUCAUACUAUUCCCGAAGUGAAAGUGACACCGCGAUUUCAAGCGAAACGUUUGAAAGAGGAGGCAAAUAUAAGAUGUCACGUGGCUGGUGAACCCCUUCCGCGAGUUCAAUGGUUAAAAAACGACGAAGCGCUGAACCAUGAUCAACCGGACAAAUACGAUCUUAUUGGAAACGGUACUAAACUUAUCAUUAAGAACGUUGAUUAUGCCGAUACUGGGGCUUACAUGUGUCAAGCUAGUAGCAUUGGUGGUAUUACCAGAGACAUCAGUAGUUUAGUGGUUCAAGAACAACCUACUCCAACGACCGAGAGUGAGGAACGAAGAUUUUUCUCAUUUCACCAAUGGGGGAUUUUGGUGUACGAACCAUCUGCUUGUCGGCCGCGACAUGAAAUUCGAUCCACGGAUGUUAUACCAGGUACACAGGAGCAUGUGUGUGGAGUUAAAGGUAUACCUUGCUCAUGGGGACGUGCAAUCAACGUCGCAAAUCGAUAUGUAUAUGUCAGCCAACCGGAUAAAGAUCGCGUACUCGUCAUUAGUGAAAUACAAAUGGUUAUAGUCGAUGUAAUACCAACGGAUAAAAAUCCUGUUCAACUUUGGUACGUCCCUUCUCUUGAUCAAGUAUGGAUAUUGAAUUGGCGAAAUCAGAAAGAUAUCGAUGUGAAAACUGUUCAAGUAAUCGAAGAUGCUGCUCAAAAGAAAAAGCAUCGCGCUAUCCGACCAGAACCCAUUGAUGCGCAAUUCGAUAUAAUCCAAAAUAUUUAUAUCCCUGAACCACAGGAUAUUGAAAACAUCUUCAAGUACGGUUAUGUGAGUCACGCAAAUCAACGUAACAUGUACAAAUUGGAUUUAAAGAAUAUGAAAUAUACACGUAGCGCUGAUUUAAGUUCUUAUAAUUGUGUUCCAGUUAAUGUCCAAUUUUCGGUUCUAUAUGGGUUUGUAGUAAUUGAAUGCCAAGAACCAGUUACUAAUCGACCAACGGGUCAAUUAUUAUUGGAUUAUUUAACUGAUACCGUUCUUGCAUAUAAGCCAAAAAUUUUAGGAAAACCAACAAUUUCACCUGAUUCUCGACAUCUUGUCACAUUAGAUAAGCAAGAAACAGGCGUAACUCUAGUCGUACAAGAAAUAUCAUCCGAUGGUUUAAAAUUCGCAUUUGAUGUAAAAACGACAUUGAAUAUCAGCGAUAUCGCACUCUAUCCAUCACAAACGACACAUGGUUAUGAUAUUUACGCGUCAUCUAUUGACAAGGAAAACAUUCUUUUCCUCGAUCUAUCAACUGGCAAAGUAGAAAUGAUAACAGGUGUUGGUAAAGCAACAUCGCCUAAUUUAACAAAGUGGGGAAACCCGAAUAGACCAAUUGUACAAAGUGGCAUAUUUGGCAAAUAUAUGGUUAGCCCUUCGAAUGAUGCACUCUUCGUUUUAAAUGGCGAAACUCGAACAAUAAAUUGUGAAAUUGGAGGUCUGCAACAUCCUGGAGCGGUGGUAUGGUUUACAGUGUCUUUACAUUAAGCAAUCGAAAUUUUGACAACGACAUGUGACGCGUAUAGAUAAAGAAAAAUAUUCAAGCACAGAAAAAACAGUGAUAUUAAAUCAAUAUCAUGUAUAUCACUAUUUGAACAAAAAGAUAGAAUAAUUGUAGUUUUGUUAGGUUAGAAAAAGGAAUGGUUGAAACAAAUUUUGAGAAAUAUAUUCUAACACUAAUAUACCAUUAUCCAUGGUUAUCGUUAAAAUAUCUAAAAAGUUUCCGAGUAUCGCUCUUCAAUAAUUAAUGGCGUAUUUUUGACACCAUCGUGCGAAUAAACGUUUUUGAUCGUUAUAAUGCAAAUAUUUAUCGCGAAAUAUUUAUCGAUAAGAUUUUUAAUGUACAUACCAAAGAUCGUCUUUUACAUAUAUAUUUAACGUACCUAAUCGUUACCCUAUCGGUGGCCUUAGUUUCUCUCGAUUUUGCAUAUCUCAAUCUUUGUACUCGUAUAUUUCUCUUUCGAAUAAAUUUUCAAUGGCUAUAAAGAUAUAGAUAGAAUUCUUCCAAAUAGCGAUUAGAACAAAGUUAUUUCUUAUCCAAUAUUUAUUAUUAAACCUUGUUAUUUUUGAACUCGAUAUAUCGAAAUAUUUAAAAAUUUGGCAUUUUUUUAUUUUUAACGACAUUUAAAAGUUAUUUUCUUAAAUAUUAAGAAUUAAUGUUAUAAUUAAGAAUGAAUAAUGAUUUUUUUUAUGUUAUCCAAUUAGUUAAUUAAAAAACAAGAACAGUCACAAAAUUACCAAAUGAACACAAAUAUAAUAUAAUGUAAUCACUUUCUAGUUAAUAGGUUUUCAUCAAAAAAUUGGAACAGUUUCUUUUAUGGUAAUUUUUACAAUAACUUAUACGACAAAGACGUAUAUAAUACAGUCAUCGGGCCACAAAUAGCAUACUAACAACAGAUAUGAUGAUUAUGUAUUAUAACGCAUGCGUGUGUCGAUUGUACGCGUGAGGAUACGAGCGCAUAUAACAAAUAAAAUGAAUAUCUUGUAAUAAAAUUACAACAAAACUAAUUUAAUAAAUAAUCUGCAAAUACAAAUUUUUUUCUCUGUACAUGCAGAUUAUGAACAUUUUAGCAGUCUUGUAUCCAUUCAAAUAAAAAGGAAAUAAUGAUACAGUGAAUGGUUACACUCCAUCAUUAAGGAUCGUACUUUUAAGUGUGUUCUAGUCGUAACAUUCGCCUUUAUUCACUAAUAAAUUACGUUUGUUCAAAA